CUGUCGCAAUGUCCAACAAACCCUUCACCAAGCAGCCCAAUCUCAAUACAGACAAGGGCUUGAACACAGACAUCCAAUCCAACCUCUCCAACGCAGCCAAGACAACCACAUCAACACUCGGCAGCACGGUCGGCGGACUGGCCAACACAGUCGGAGGCGUUGUGGGUGCUGCAAGCCGCGGCUUGGGCGAGACAGUCAACAGUGCGACGGCCGAUAAUGUCAAGCCGGUGGGUGAUGGAGUCAAGAAUGUCGGGACAGGGGUGGAGAGUGGUGGGCGGGAGGCAGCUGAGGGGGUGAAGGGCAGGUGAAUGGAAGGCGUUUUGAACAUUAGGGGUUGGAACUUGGAACUGCACAUGCAUGUUCGGAAAUGGAAUGGCCAGCUUCAGGGGUUUCGGAGUUCAGAUGACGAUCAACGCAAGAGAUUCGGUACGCAGAGAUCGGUAUCAUGAAUCUUAUUCUUCAG